UCUCGCGAAGUGCUCUCUGCAGCAGACGAGCCAAGAUGGCGUCCAAUUUCCACGGAAAACAACAUAACUUCAGUGAUAGAAAGCUGUCAGAAGGAUUGGAACACAUACGAUUAGCUGAGAAAUGUAUGAAGACAUCUCUAUUCAAAUGGAAGCCAGAUGUGGAUGGGGCAGUAGACGAAUACAGGAAAGCUGCAACAAGUUUUAAAAAUGCAAAGGCAUAUGAUGAAGCCAAGGAUAUGUACCUGAAGACUGCUGAACUCCAACAACAAUGUGGAGCAACAUUUCAUGCUGCUAAGUCAUUUGAACAGGCUGCGAUGAUCUGUAAAGAGAACAAAGAGAUAGAUCAGUGUCUCCACCUGAUGCAGACUGCUGCCAUAAUGUUCCAGGAACAUGGCACCCCUGACACAGCAGCACUCACACUGGACAAAGCUGCCAAAAUGGCGGAGAUGAACCAGCCUGAGAAAGCCAUUGAUAUCUACUUGAAAGCCUGUGACGUUGUUGAGAUUGAAGACCGACCUCGACAAUGUGCAGAAUACAUUGGAAAAGCUGCAAGGCUCAUGAUAAGGUGUAAAAGGUUUGAUGAAGGUGUGAAGACACUGAAGAAGGAGAUAGACUAUUACAUGGAGUGUGAGAACUUUGAACUGAUCAAUAAGGUGAUCAUGGGGACAGUGUUGGUCCACCUCACACAGGAGGACUACGUGGCGGCUGAUAACUUCUUCAAGUCUUGUCUCACUCUGACAACGUUUGGGUCCAGCGAGGAAGCUGGAGCACUGGAGGACCUACUGACAGCAUAUGAUCAGGGAGAUGAAGAGGCAGGGAGAAGGACUCUCAAACUCCCCCUCUUUAAGUACUUGGAUAAUGCUUUUGCCAAACUUGCACGAGACCUGGUGAUUCCUGGAGGAGUAUCGUCUCCGACAGGCAACUCUAGUGCUGUUCAAAGCCCGAGCCAAGAAAGUGCCGGAGAGGCAUUUCCUGAUGGUCUUUGUUAGUUAUUAUGACAUCUGUGGGGUGUUUGAAAGAGGAGUUAACAGGACUGAAUGCAACAUAGGUAGAUUUUGUCAGCUAUUCAGUUGGCUGUUACAAUCUGUUGUCUGAGGGUUCAUUCCUGGCAAUGUAGAACCAAUAAAUAAUAUAUGUUUUAUUUAGAAUGGACUCAGAUUUAUCCACACUCUAUACUCAACUCUGAUUAGGCAACAAUGUAUUGACUAUUAAAUAUUCAUGGCCUCAAGCCUGACGACAGAUGAAUUGUCUCCAUCUAUUGGUGGAACAAAUUGCUAUAGGUGUUGUUUUGUUCACCUUGAUGAAAUUGUUGACAUACAGUCAAGUGUUUUAAUAAUAAAGGCUCUGCAAGAAGUUAUUACAAAUAGCUGGUGUAAUUUGAUAAAUGUUUGUCUUAAAUGAAACGAUACUUUUAGAAUGACCUCAGUUACUAUUACUGGUUAAAGUUUAUCAUCAGUCAUAAUUACUAUACAUAUUUGCCAUAAACAUUUAUAUACCAAAUUAUAUGCAUCAUGAAUGAUGUUUUUGAAUGAAAAAAUAGUAUUUAUUGCUUUGCCUUAUGGAUACAGGCACGCUUUUAGACAAAAUGAUGUUUUUCAGUUUAGAGAGUUUGUGGCAAAAAUAUCAAUCUGAAUUAUGUGUAUAUUUAU